AUGCCCGCAUACAACUCCGUCUUCAACUCCGACCCAAACGUCCCCCGCCUAAUCGGCAACUUCCCCCUCCUUCCACUCCGCACCAAGACCCGCGGUCCUGCCUACACCCUCCCGAUUCCCUCGCCGCCUCUCCCGGCCAACGAGUCGCCCGACCCGGACAGCGAGAGCUACGAUAUCCUCGACGAGGUCAUUGCCCUCUUCCGAGCAAACACCUUUUUCCGUAACUUUGAGAUCCAGGGUCCCGCCGACCGCCUGCUUGUCUAUGGUAUCUGGUUCAUUAGCGACUGCCUGACCCAGAUCCGACCUCAGGCGUCUCUGCGUGAUGCCCAGAAGGAUGUUAUGAAUUUGGCUCUUGACCUUAACUUUGCCAUUCCCGGUGACCCCGGAUGGCCCCUUAACCAGAUGUAUGAGCCACCUCGGGAUAGGCAAGAGGCUGAGCAGUUGAAGCAGUACCUGUCGCAGGUUCGACAGGAGCUGGCCGUCCGGUUACUCGCCCGGGUAUACGAUGAGGACGAGACCAAGCCCAGCAAGUGGUGGUUGAGCUUCACCAAGAGAAAGUUCAUGGGCAAGUCUCUGUAG